GGCCGGUGCUUCCGGCGCGCAGGCAGUGGCGGCCCGGCAGGAGGAGCCCGGCAGGAGGAGCCCGGGGCGCCGCUCCCUCCCUCCCUCCCGCCGCCCGGCCGCGCUCCGCGGCGCCCGGAGACAGAGCUCAGAUGAAAUCAAAAGAACGAUAAAGUCUGGAGGAGAAAAAGAAGCUGGUGCUUUCCUGGUCUGCAGUUUGACAGGGCACUAAGAUGUCCGUGGACAUGAACAGCCAGGGCUCUGACAGCAAUGAAGAGGAUUAUGACCCUAAUUGCGAGGAGGAAGAAGAGGAUGAGGAUCCUGGGGAUAUUGAGGAUUAUUAUGAUGGGGUAGCUAAUGACGUGGAGCAGCAGGGAGCAGAUGCCUUUGAUCCAGAGGAGUAUCAGUUCACCUGCCUGACUUACAAGGAGUCGGAGAGCACUCUGAAUGAACACAUGGCCAGCUUGGCUGCCACAUUAAAGGUAUCACAUGCUGUUGCAAAGCUAGUAUUAGUUAGUUUCCACUGGCAAAUCUCCGAGAUUUUGGAAAGGCACAAGUCUAAUGCUGCCCAAUUGCUAGUAGAGGCACGAGUUCAGCCCAUCUCAUCCAAACAUGCAAUGGUACAUUCCUCCCAUCACUGCGCGGUGUGCAUGCAGUUUGUCCGGAAGGAGAACUUGCUCUCCCUGGCUUGUCAGCACCAGUUCUGUCGCAGUUGUUGGGAGCAGCAUUGUACAGUGCUGGUCAAGGAUGGUGUCGGAGUUGGGGUCUCCUGCAUGGCUCAGGACUGCCUGCUUCGGACACCAGAAGACUUUGUGUUUCCAUUGCUGCCUAGUGAAGAGCUGAAAGACAAAUACAGGCGCUACCUCUUCAGGGACUACGUGGAGAGCCAUUAUCAGCUGCAGCUGUGUCCUGGUGCUGAUUGCCCUAUGGUCAUACAGGUACAGGAGCCAAAAGCCCGGCGAGUGCAGUGCAAUCGUUGCAAUGAGGUCUUCUGCUUCAAGUGCCGGCAGAUGUACCACGCGCCCACAGACUGUGCCACCAUCAGGAAGUGGCUCACCAAGUGUGCAGAUGACUCCGAAACAGCCAACUACAUCAGUGCUCACACUAAAGACUGUCCCAAGUGCAAUAUCUGUAUUGAAAAGAAUGGAGGCUGCAAUCACAUGCAAUGCUCCAAAUGCAAGCAUGACUUCUGCUGGAUGUGUCUGGGAGACUGGAAGACUCACGGCAGCGAGUACUACGAAUGCAGUCGGUACAAAGAGAAUCCUGAUAUUGUAAACCAGAGUCAGCAAGCACAGGCCAGGGAGGCCCUUAAGAAGUACUUGUUCUAUUUUGAGAGGUGGGAGAAUCACAAUAAAAGCUUACAGCUGGAGGCACAGACGUACCAACGAAUCCAGGAGAAAAUCCAAGAAAGAGUUAUGAACAACUUGGGAACAUGGAUAGACUGGCAAUACCUACAAAAUGCUGCAAAACUACUUGCAAAGUGUCGUUACACCCUGCAGUACACAUAUCCAUAUGCCUACUACAUGGAGUCUGGUCCCAGAAAGAAACUGUUUGAAUACCAGCAGGCCCAGCUGGAAGCUGAAAUUGAAAAUCUCUCAUGGAAGGUGGAGCGAGCAGACAGCUAUGACAGAGGGGACUUAGAGAAUCAGAUGCACAUAGCAGAGCAGAGACGGAGGACCCUGCUGAAAGACUUCCAUGACACAUAAAAGAGGAGGAAGUGACAAAGUGCAGCGGUGAGAGCAGCAAGUGAAGUGAUGGCAGCUUCACCGGGAUAAGCAGGCACUGCCUCUGGGAGACCACGGCCAAGGACAAAGCCACCCCUCCCCUUGCAAGUCAGACACAUGCAAACACCACAUCUUAGUCCAGUUUGUUCUCUUAUCUUUCUGUUUCUGCCAGGCUAGAGGCCAGAGUUCUGAUUGGCAUAUUUCCUGGGACAUUUUCCCUCCUGCCUGUGAUGGUUUCGGAAGGGGAGGGAGUUUUUCUCUGAAUGGCUGUUAAUAGUAUUAGAUCAUUACAGUUCUGUAAUUUUCAACGGUUGUAAAAUUAUACAGACAAACCUUAGAAUAACACACAACCCUUUUUAAAAUAAAUUGGCAGUGGAGUGUUUUUCCUUAA